AUGAUCUUCCUGAGACGAUUCUCCAAAAUAAAGUCAAGCAAAGACAGUAGCAGCGGCACGUCAUCGGCCACUCGCUCAAACUCUGUGGACAUGCGAGUAAAAAACAAUAGUUAUGAUUCAUUGACUUCUAAUAAGAUUUCUUUGCAAUUAUUAUUGCAUUCGUUUCAUUAUGAAGUGAAUGAUCCGUCCACUGAGUCAUCGCCUAGUCGAGAAAAAAUCAAAAAGUAUUAUUCGAUCGAAACAUUGUUGGAACUUCAGGAUCAACAAGCUCUUGAUCUUCUUCGAGAUUAUCUUCGACAACGACAGAAUGAAGAAUAUUUGACAUUUCUUGAAUUGAGAAGAGAAUUUCAAAUGAGGCAACAGGUUUGUCACAAACGAAGCUGUUCUAGGGAUCGUUCUAUUGAGUAUGACGAUGAUUUUGAUUCAUUCAUGUUGAUCGACACCAACUCGAUCACUUCAAAAGCUAAUGAUUGGUUACUCUUUGAUGAAAUUCAAACCAUUUAUAACAAAUUUUUGAACCUCGAAAGUGCACAUUGCAUGAACGUUCCUUCUCAAAUCAGAGAUCAAAUUCAGAAAGUUUUGAAUGAGAUCACUCGACUCGACACUGUACAAAGACCAAGACUCUCCAUUACAAGCUCUAGUUCUACUUGUUCUUCUCGAUCACUUGCGUCACCACUUUCUCCCACGUCAACUUGUUCGGCAGUUUCACGAACAUUUCGAGCGAGUGUUGGUUCUGAAUACAAUUCUUGCAAUGAUUGGCAUACGAGUGUGGACGUUAAGGAUUUGAGAGAGCGAGUCCGAAACUGUUUGAAUACAUUGAACACGAUUGUGAUUUUGCAGUACAACAAUGAAAUUAUGCCACAUUUUACAAAGACAGAAGAGUUUAAAACGUUAAUAAUUGGCAAACUCAUUGAGUACAGCUCUCAAGAAAGUUGGGAUGAGAAUACUCUCAUUGAACAUGUUUUAAAGCAAAACGACUUGUCAGAAUAUGUUAAAAGUUUUUCGAAAAUGAAAUUAUUUCGAAUGGAACAAAUAAGGCAAUUUUCCACGAGUGACCUUAAAGAAAAGAUUGGUGUGAAAAAAUUGGGACAUUUGAAACGGCUAGAAAGACUAAUCAACGAUUACAACUCGUCAUUAAAAUAA